AAGGUUAAUUAAGUCCAAAUUCAAUUGUGCUCUAAUCUAAAAUUAAACAUGAACAAAAAACAUGAAGUAGAGGUGGGGAGUUCCCCAAGCCUUUCAUACCUCACUGUGAUUCAGGAAGAAGGAGAGAGACGCCAGUGCCAAAGCAAUCAAAUCUUUUAUCUUAAGAGUUAUUUUCAGCGGGGCUCACUGGGCUUGUUUUCCAUCCUCCCCCCUUUGGAUAGGAAUUGGGAGAAUAUGUUGGAUAUGGUUGUAAUAAAGACUUCAGUACCAGGCGGCUACUGACCUUUCAAGCAGGCUACUGCUUUGAGUCACAGCAGAAGAAAUUAAGGUUUGUCAGUUCAAAUAAGAAGUUGAUUUAUCAUGGAUUGUCAGAAAUCUCUCUACUUCCUACGCUUCAACUUUAAUCACUGUGUGUGGUUGUCAAAUAGUUUUACAGUGGAUGGGAAAGUUUUUAACAUCAACAUUAUGAACAAGCACAGUGGGGCCGUCAGGUGGCUGAGAGGUGAUGCCAUGAUUUUCUCUGUAACCCAGAGAAUGGUACCUGAGAUGGACACAGUGUGAGAGCAAGUACUUCUAAACACCAGAGCAAUGUUGACCUCCAAAGAUAUCCAAGCACUGGCUUGGACAGGUCACUGGUAGCAGAGGUGGAGCCAACAUUCAGCCUCUUCCUGCUGGCCCAAGGAGCGGCCCAAGGAGCCCAACUCCUGGCUCUACAGAGCAGAGAUCAGCACUGCCCCUCCACUCCCAUCACGUAUAGUUGGUUCUUUGGGUUGCUAGGGCACACUGCUGGCUCAUGUUCCUCCCCAAGUGUGUCUAUACAUGGAGGAAAGCGCACACCAAAAAGGAAGGGAGCUCCUGGUAUGUUCUAGUGACAAUGGUGGCCGUGGCAAGUAGGGAGCUGCCUGGUGAGAGCUUCCAGACGGCCCCACAAGGGGUUUCAGGGAAGUUCUCAGCACUUUGUGGAGCCAGUUUCAACAGCUUUAAUUACAUCUGUGGUUUGGAUCCCUUUGGUUGGCCAUUAAAAUUCAUUUCACAAAGAGUUGUAUUGAAAGGAGUGAGGAAUAUUUGUGGCCACUGUGGAUUUCCUCCAGGUCUACAGGAAGAGUAAAUUAGUUACUGAAAAUUUGACAGUUUAUCCCACGUGCUUAACUCUUUCCAGUCUGGAAGCUGCUUUUUCAUAGAUAAGUGACUUUAAAAGGAAACAAUAUAACAUGUCUGACUCUUCUUUUUCCCCUUCUCUUUACGGUAGGGCUGUAAUUGCAAAAACAGCAAGGAAUGAUUUGUUUGAACAGGAAGUGUGGGAACUUCCUUUAUAAAUACUGUCUUUCCCUUCAUGUGGAACCAAACGUGUUUUCCUCAGUUUGUCGAAAAAAGUGCUUGGACUCAACAUGCAACACUUCUUCCUGUAGUUUGUGCUCUUUCUUCUAAGCCUGAAAGAAAGAAGUUCUGUAGAAAAGGAGCAGAUUAUUAGCCUGGAAAUGACUGCAAUUGGUGAGUUGAGCCGUCACAUCAGCUGGCUGCUUGCUGCUCGCAUUCCCUGUGUGCUGGCAGCUGACCUGCACUGGCACUCUGCAAGCCCGUUUGUUCUUCGGAGUCAUUGGUUGUGCACAGGAGCGUUGGGAAAGUUAAGGUCCUGCAGGGGGAGGUUAUGGGGGGGGGAAGGAGGGGGGCUGAAAUCAGUGUUUGCAGUCUGUGCUUAUGGAGCCUGCUGUGACUUGCUCCAUGAGAUAUGGCAGUAUCAGUCUGAGCUCAGCUCAUAUCUCAGUUUGGAAUGGGUCCUUUUAGAAAAAAAAUAAGAAUGUAUCUUUCAUAGUGAAGUCGAAACAACAAGCUUACCCUCUUCCUGCAGUCCAGAAAUCCUUUUGAGCUAUUUGCAGAGGAGCAAGCUGCAGCUCUGCAGGCUGGAUGUCCCAGGGGGGUCUUGGAUCUGCCCUGGCACAGCACCUUGGAGACAGGAGCUGGGAAGGCUUCUUCAAAGCCAGUAAGAAGAUUAAACACUGUCCUGGAAAAUAACCUGACUGUAGUGAAGAAGACAUAGUAGAAAAGUGAAUGUAUUACGUAGAGAUGGCUUUAUGGAUCUGGACACUAAGCAUUGUGAGCUGCUUUUGCAUCACCUUUUCCAGAAGUGAGGAACUGGAAUUUUUUCAGAGUGCCACAGAGCUCAAUCAUCUAACAGUAGAUAAUGACACUGGCAUAAUCUAUUUGGGAGUGGUAAAUGCUCUGUAUCAGCUUACAGAAAAACUGGUGGUACGGAUACAUGUGGAAACGGGGCCAAGAAAGGACAACAAAAAAUGCACACCUCCCAUUGAAGAAAAUCAAUGUAAAGAGGCAGUACUGACUGACAAUUACAACAAAUUAUUGUUGCUGAACAAAGAAAAUAAAACAAUUGUGGUGUGCGGAAGCCUUUUUAAAGGGAUUUGUGCCACCAGAGAUCUAGAAAACAUUACCAAAGUUACGCAUUAUGUGGAAACCAGUGGAGAGAAGUCCUUUGUAGCAAGCAACGAUGAGAAUGUAUCAACAGUGGGGCUGAUCACUUCCUUGGACAAUGAUCAGGUGCUGUUUGUUGGGAAAGGGAACGGACCAAAUGAUAAUGGGAUAAUAAUCAGCACUCGGCAGCUCCACGAGAAGGAUGGGAAAGACAUUUUUGAAAUGUAUUCGGACUCGGCAGCUGUUAAGUCAGCAUAUCAUUCUUCAAGCACACAGCAAUUUGUGACAGUCUUUGAGGAUAAAAAUUACGUUUAUUUCAUUUUUAACCAGCAAGAGAAGCAGCCUGUCAACAACCGCACACUAAUUGCACGUCUUUGCAAAGAUGAUGCCCAUUAUUACUCCUACUUUGAAAUGGACUUGGGUUGCAAAGAUGAGGAUGGUUCCUAUGAUCACUGUCAUUCUGCUUACGUCACCACCCCAGGAAAAAAGCUGCCCGAGAGCAUGGCUCAACAAAGACAAACUACAGAUUCUGGCUCGGCUGACAAAGUGCUCGUUGCACUCUUCAGCAAAGUAAACAAAGACAAUGGCUCCCUAAAAUCUGCCAUGUGUGUGUUUUCGUUGAGGCACAUCAAUGAAAAAAUGGAGAAAAACCGUGAUGACUGCUACACAAAUAAGAAUACUAGCAUGUUUUACAAACUCUUUGCAGUAGAAAACCCAUGUGGACCACAUGGACAGAAUGCAAGCAAAAAUUUCCCCUGUGGCUCUGAACACUUACCAUACCUCUUGGGAAGUAAAAAUGGUGUUAUAGAGAAACCAGUAUUACAAAAAGAAGGGAUGAAUCUCACGGCUGUUACUGUGACUGUGGAAAAUGGGCACACCGUGGCCUUUGUGGGGACUUCAGAUGGAAAAAUUCUUAAGGUGUUCCUGUCAUCCAAUGUAACUGAGUACAGUUCUCUGACUAUUGAAUUAAAUAAGCCCAUAAAGAAUGAUCUGGUCCUUGACAAAACCCAAGAAUAUCUAUAUGUGAUGACCACAGACAAGGUGCAUCGCCUUCCCGUACAGCAGUGCCACAAGUACUCGGACUGUGAGAAGUGCAUGCAGGCCCAGGACCCGUACUGCGGCUGGUGUGUGCGGAAGGGCAACUGUACAAAGAAGGCAGACUGUGAAAUGGCCAAUAAGGAGAACGAGUGGCUCUGGAGUCCAAAUGGUACAUGUAUGACUAUCAUCAGUGCAGACCCUCAAAACAUGAGUCGUAGAGCCCCUGCUAAGGUGAAACUGACAGUAAGUCCAUUGCCAACUUUGAGCACUAGUGACAAACUUUGGUGUACCUUUGGUGAAACAAGCCAUCGUGCUCAAUUAAAUGAAGGAGUUAUUAUCUGUGACCCACCUGAUAUGAUUCCUCCAACACCAAAAGGUCAAGAUCACGUUUCAGUUCCAUUACAGUUAACCUUUGGAGAGAACAAGACAUUUUUUGCAUCACAUACUUACCCUUUUUAUGACUGUGAAGAAGCAAUGAAUCUUUAUGAAAACCAGCCAUGCUAUUCUUGUGCAAGCAAUAGAUGGAAUUGCCAGUGGGACUGGAAGAAACAUAUCUGUGAAGAGUCUUCUUCAGCACAGGAUGUGAUCAAACAGAAUAUGGAAGAAGAAUGCCCACAGUUUCUAAACCCUAACCCCUCAAUAAUACCUAUGGAGUACCGAACAACAGUGCAUUUUGAGGGAAGACAUCUAGCUUAUUAUCAGGAUGAAAAAUUUGUGGUUGGAAACAGCCAAUUUGAAUUUGAAGCUCCUGUUGAGGCAGCAGAGGAAGGAAGAUUUUCAUUCAUGAGUAAAGAGUUCUCCUAUAGUGCAAAUGAAACCUUAAAACUUAAAUUAUCCAUAAGAACAGACAAGGUUAAGAUUGACAGCAAACUGAUGGUCACCCUGUACAAUUGCUCCUAUGGACGCAGUGACUGCAGUUUGUGUCUUGCCGCCCAUGAAGACUACAAGUGUGUCUGGUGUGAAGAGGAUGGCAAGCCAAGCAAGUGUGUGUAUGAGAAGCUGUGUCGUGCUCCUCCCACCAACACGUGUCCUUAUCCAGAAAUUACUCGCAUUGAGCCAAAGACUGGACCACUGGAUGGUGGAAUUCUUUUGACCAUAAUGGGAUCUAAUUUGGGAAUAAAAGCAGAAGAUGUAAAAAAUAUAACGGUGGCAGACAAGGAAUGUAUUUUCAAGGAGGAAUUCUACUCUGUUUCCACAAGGAUUGUGUGUCAAGUUGGAGAAAUGAAGGUACCUAAACAAGGUCAAAUUGAAGUUAACAUCAAUGGAAAAUUAGGUCAAUCACCAAGUGAUGUGCAGUUUACAUACCAGGACCCUCAACCUACAGGAAUAAGACCUCAAAGUGGUCCACAAGCAGGUGGAACCACCCUUACCAUCACUGGUAUGAACCUGGCAACUGGUUCCAAGAAGGAUGUUCGUGUUUUUCUCGGUAGCCAGCCUUGCAAUGUCACUGAAUUUGGAGAUGAGAUUGUUUGCGUUACAGGACGUAAUAGCAAGGUUGAAGCUGUUGGAGUCACAAUGCGCUAUGGGGAAACAAAAAUUGAUGUACCAGUGCAAUUUUCAUACAGUGAGAAUCCUACUGUCACCAAGUUCAAGCCUGUAAAUAGCUUCAGCAGUGGAGGGAGAAAUAUUACAGUAACUGGAACUGGGUUUGAACUGAUCCAGAGUUUCUCACUGAUGGUACAUGCAGAGCGUCCAGAAGUAGGCAAACUGAGCUCCAAAACGUUUGUUGGAAACUGGGUUAUGAGACUUAAUGAAACCACAGUGGUUUUUUCUUCAUUACCAAUAUUGGAAGAUCCAGAAAACUAUAACAUUACCACCAUUAUUCAGAUGGAUCAUUAUCAGUUGGUUGUAAAAAAUGAGAGCCAUUCAUUUACAUAUGUUGCAGACCCGACCUUUGAAAAUUUCACAGAUGGCAUCAAAAAGCAAGUCAACAAACUUAUAAAUGCAAAGGGCAGUAACCUGAACAAAGCCAUGACCAUAGAUGAGGCCCAGGCUUUUGUAGGUGAUGAGCCUUGCAACAUAAAAACACUGACCGAAACAGACUUAUAUUGUGAGCCGCCUGAAGUACAGCCACAGCCAAAGAAAAGGCAGAAGAGGGAUAUGAUCAAUAACCUUCCAGAAUUCAUUGUGAAAUUUGGACUCCGUGAAUGGGUCCUCGGAAGGGUGGAAUAUGAUACACGUGUGAGUGACAUCCCACUGAAUCUUAUUUUGCCACUGGUACUUAUUCCUAUGAUAGCAAUCAUCAUCAUUUCUAUCAUCUGCUACAGACGGAAGAGCCAGCAAGCAGAACGAGAGUAUGAAAAAAUUAAAUCUCAACUUGAAGGCCUGGAGGAGAGUGUCAGAGACCGGUGCAAGAAGGAAUUCACAGAUCUAAUGAUAGAAAUGGAGGAUCAGACAAAUGAUGUAAAUGAAGCUGGAAUCCCAGUUCUGGACUACAAAACGUACACAGACAGAGUCUUCUUCUUGCCCUCCAAAGAUGGGGAGAAGGAUGUGAUGAUUACAGGAAAGCUGGAUAUUCCAGAGGCUCGACGGCAGACUGUGGAGCAGGCUCUGAAUCAGUUCUCCAACCUCCUCAAUAGCAAAUCAUUUCUCAUUAAUUUUAUUCACACGCUGGAAAACCAAAGGGAGUUCUCUGCUCGAGCUAAAGUGUAUUUUGCAUCUUUACUGACGGUCGCUUUACAUGGAAAACUAGAAUACUACACUGACAUCAUGAGGACGCUGUUCUUAGAACUGAUGGAGCAGUACGUGGUGGCCAAAAACCCAAAGCUGAUGCUAAGAAGAUCUGAAACAGUUGUUGAGAGAAUGUUGUCUAACUGGAUGUCUAUUUGUUUAUAUCAGUACCUCAAGGACAAUGCUGGGGAGCCUCUUUACAAAUUGUUCAAAGCCAUCAAACACCAGGUAGAAAAAGGUCCAGUGGAUGCUGUACUGAAGAAAGCCAAGUAUACACUGAAUGACACAGGCUUACUAGGAGAUGAUGUAGAGUAUACACAAUUGACAGUAAAUGUGUAUGUACAAGAUGGAGGAACUGAUUCUACACCUGUUAAAGUGCUGAACUGUGAUACCAUAUCACAAGUAAAGGAAAAGAUAAUAGACCAAGUCUAUCGAAAUCUGCCAUGUUCUCAGUGGCCAAAAGCUGAGAGUGUAGCUCUUGAGUGGCGUCCAGGUUCUACUGCACAGAUCCUCUCAGACUUGGAUUUAACAUCCCAAAGAGAUGGCAGAUGGAAACGUAUCAACACACUGAUGCAUUAUAAUGUCCGAGAUGGUGCCACACUCAUCUUAUCGAAAAUGGGAAUUUCCCAGCAGCCAGAGGAUAGUCAGCAAGAUGUCCCAGGGGAAAGGCAUGCGCUUCUAGAGGAUGAAAAUAAAGUCUGGCACCUCGUCCGGCCAGUAGAUGAAAUUGAUGAAAGCAAAUCGAAGAGAGGCAGCGUGAAAGAAAAAGAGAGAACCAAAGCUAUUACAGAAAUCUACCUGACAAGACUUCUCUCUGUGAAGGGAACACUUCAGCAGUUUGUAGAUGACUUCUUUCAUAGUGUGCUCAACUCAAACCAUGUAGUGCCACCAGCUGUGAAAUACUUCUUUGACUUUCUUGAUGAGCAAGCAGAAAAACAUGACAUCAAGGAUGAAGAUACCAUUCACAUCUGGAAAACAAACAGCUUGCCUCUUAGAUUCUGGGUAAACAUACUGAAAAAUCCCCACUUCAUCUUUGAUGUUCACGUUCAUGAAGUAGUGGAUGCUUCCUUGUCAGUCAUUGCACAGACUUUCAUGGAUGCUUGCACAAGAACAGAGCACAAAUUAAGCAGAGAUUCUCCAAGUAAUAAAUUACUUUAUGCGAAAGAGAUCUCUAAUUAUAAGAAAAUGGUGGAAGAUUACUACAAAGGUAUUCGUCAGAUGGUACCAGUUAGUGACCAAGAUAUGAAUACCCAUCUAGCAGAAAUCUCUAGGGCACAUACUGAUUCCUUAAAUACGCUUGUGGCUCUACACCAACUCUACCAGUACACUAACAAAUACUAUGAUGAGAUUAUAAAUGCACUUGAAGAGGAUCCAGCUGCACAAAAAAUGCAGCUCGCCUUCCGUUUACAGCAAAUAGCAGCUGCAUUAGAGAAUAAAGUGACUGACCUUUGACUCGAAAGCCGCAAUAAAGAAAUCUGAUCUGAAGAUGUUCAAAUUCAUUCUUCCUGUUAAGGAAAUAGUGUUCUAUUUUUUAAUGUGUAAUUACAACUUUAAAUGAAAGAUUUCAUGUUUUUUUGAUAGCAGAGGUGUAAUGUAAAAAAUUUUUACUGUAAAUUAUGCUUCUAAUUAAAAGCUGUGUUGUGUGUAAAUGAAUCUUCUGUGGGAAGGAGAGUCCUUUGGCUGGGGGCAGGGUGGGGGGUGGAGGAAGGCGAGUCUGUAGUUCAGUUAAUUGCAUAGAAUCUAAGACAUCAGCAUUUAGAAUUCAUUAUGCAAGUAAACUCAAUAUUAUAGCAUCCUUUAUAUUUUAAGCAAUAUUUGUACUAGGAAAGUAACAACAUAUUCAGAGAACCAUGCAAUAUCCCCUUUUAUUUUGAUAACUGGAAAUUGACUUCCACAUAGCUCCAAAACUUCGUCUGUGCCCAUAAUGAACGUAGUAAACAACGUGUCCAAUUUCUCUGUGAGAUCUGCCAAUGGGUUUUGCUGUCACACACAGUUCUUAGGUUAAUUAUUUAUGCCCACAGUAAAGCACAGUACUGCGCCCAGCACGGUUGGCUGCAAUGGAGGUGACAGUGAUGCCGUGGCUGUGAGGAGGGUUCUUCUGAUAGAGGAUCUCUUUUGGUUCAGAAAUCACCGCAAAGGAGAAUUAGUCCUUAAAUCUUCACAACCCUUUGUUAUCAAUGUGAGUUUAAUGAUAUAUGCUAAUGUGCCUUACUUGUACUAAUUCUGUGAAUCUGAUGAAUGGUUUUGUAAAAAAGAAGCAGAUCAGAAAAAGAAAUAUUUAUGUGCUAUUGAAUGACUUUUUGUGUGAAAACCAUGACCAGCAGAAUGCUUGUAAUUAGCUGCUUGCCGAGAGUGUGUUGUUUAACAUGAUCUGAUUAUGUAUAAUAUCUUAUUUUAGAAUGGUUCUGAUGAUUUUUUUAUUUGGAACUGUCCUAGAAUUACCAUCACUUGUUUUUAUUGUAUUUGUGAUGUAAAAUACUAGUACGAUAUUGGAAAACCUGUAUGCCCACGUGUUGAAAACCACUCAGUUUUGAGCCUUGGAAUUCUGCGUCUGAUCAAAAACACCAUCAACCCAUAGCAAAGACAGUUAAAAUCACUAGUGGGAAGUGUGCGCUUACAACGUAUGUAAGCUACGUACAAAUCCAAAAGCUCGGUACGCCUUCUUCAAUUGCUGUAUUGCACAUCAGAGAUCUUCGUUCCCUUUUGUCUCGCCAGCGUUGGCAGUGAAGUAGCAUUUUAGGGAAGCGCUGCCAUCAAUGUGAGUUCACUCCCUGCCCUGCCCAGCGCCCACCACCAGCCUCGGCCGCUGACCCCGGCUGCUGCAUGGCCAUAAGGUCGGCUCUACUGUUGGCUGAUUUGUUUUUUUUCUUUUCGGAAAGCUUCCUGGUAUUUGUCAGUGAAUCUUCCCACCAGCUACAGAAAUGGGAAGCCUCACCAAUGCCAGUCUGGCGGGCUGAGAGGGCUUUUGUUUUUUGGUUUUUUUUUUGUACUCGACUUGUUGCAUUUGCGUAUUACUGUUCCUGACCUUGCCUGGGCUGUAAGUUAUUGUACACUGUGUAGGACUGAGGUACAUGACUGCUACAUAAAGCUGCUUUGCCAGCUACUUCUUCAUCAACAAAAGCAUCUUAAUUUCAUGGCUAAUCUGUUUCUUUGUCAUUAUUUGUAAAUCCUGUUAAUUGUAAAUCAAAUACAAUGUUGGUUUUUUUUCCACUAAGUGUCACGGGAUCAUUACUGA